CAUGUCAUCCCUUCACAGAGUUGGAAGAAUCACUUGGUGUCAGCACUGUACAAGGACCAGAACCGCAUCCAUUCGUCCAACCUCUCUGAAACCCACCAAGCGUUUCAUCACAAGCGCACCCCUUACUGUCCACAUCUGGCCCAGCCACUGUCACCUGAACAAGAGCUGGAGGAACGCAACUUGUUGGACCUCCUCGCCUGGCCCAAGCUGCCCUCUGGCUCCGAAGCACCCGACUUGUCCCAGACAAGUGACCCGGUCCAUAGUCGCUUCACAAUUGUCAAUGACAAAAACUGUUCCGUGGGCGACCAGCUGGAAGUGCUGGUCCAACUGCAGGACUUCAAGGGCCGACCCAAGCGCUACGGCGGCGAUUUGCUGUUGGCCAGGUUGCACUCCCCAAAAUACAAGGCAGGUGUGGCCGGGCAGGUGCUGGACCUCAAGAAUGGAAUUUAUUCCGCUCGAUUCCCGCUGCUGUGGGAGGGCUCAGCUCAGGUUGACGUUGUGAUGGUCCACUCGAGCGAGGCUGUGGCCGUGCUGCAGAGGCUGAGAGCUGAACGACCCGAUCGGGUGUACUUCUCCAGCAUCUUUGGCCAAGGUAAUCAUUUUGAGAAGACGAUGUGCAACAUGUGUCUGCCACCAGACCAGGAGCCACUGUGCAACUUCACGGACCAUCGGACCGGUGAACCUUGGUAUUGCUACAAGCCCAAAAUGCUCAGCUGUGACACCAGAAAUAACCACGCCAUGGGAGGAUACACCAAAGACAUCAUUACCAAAGAGGAAGCUUUACUUUUUCAGAGUGGCAAGAACAUCAAAGUUGCCAUCCGUGCUUCUUCAACUGAUAACAUCAAUGUGCUGGCUCUCACGAAAGAAGCUGCCAGCCGAAGACGGGAUCCUGUGAAGUUAGCAACGUCUGGGUACUACUACCAGGACCUGUGGAGGCCGUUGGGCGGGAUCUCCAUGCGCCACUUUGACAAAGCGUUUGCCAUCACUCGGUGUUUGACCAACAAAUCAGUCUACAUGUACGGCGACUCCACCAUGCGGCAGUGGUUUGAGUACCUCCACAGUGUGCUCCCAGACUUGAAACAAGUCACCUUGAAUCCAAAACCGGUGGGACCCUUUAUGGCGGUAGACGGCAAGCACAACAUUCUGCUCAAGUACCGUUUCCACGGCCCACCCAUUCGGACCCCUCCAGUUAUGACCAGCGAGUUGCGGUACAUCGCCAACGAGCUGGACGGCCUGACCGGCGGUCCCGACACGGUGGUGGCGCUCAGCGUCUGGGCUCACUUCGGCACCUUUCCCGUGGAGGUGUACAUAAACCGCCUCCGGCAGAUCCGCAAGGCGGUGGUGCGACUCCUGGACCGGGCGCCGGGGACGGUGGUGGUGAUCCGCACACCCAACCCUAAGGCUCUGCAGCGAGACGUCAGCCUGUACAACAGCGACUGGUUUUCACUGCAGCUGGACACGGUGCUGCACGCCAUGUUCGAAGGUCUCGACAUUUGGCUGGUGGACGCUUGGCAGAUGUGCGUGGCGCACCACCAACCUCACAACCUGCACCCCCCUAGGUCCAUUGUCAAGAACAUGGUAGACAUGAUGUUGUCUUACAUUUGUCCAUUCUUAGAAGGACACGCCAACCAAACCUGGCUUUAUGGAACGGGAAUAGCCUAGCGGCGACCGGUUAUGGAGUCAAAUUGUAAUUGUAUGAAACGUUCCUUUAGGUUGAAAAUAGUUUUGCUUCAGUUUGGUACUUUGUUUAAUUUUUCACUUGUCAUAAUAGUUGUACUAUGUGCAUUUUGUUUUCGCUUGUCAAUUAUCUUACUGGUUCUUUUAUCACAAACCAGAUAUUUAGGUUGCAUUA